AAGAAAAAAAAAAAAAUGGAGAAGGAGAAACACUUUGUUUUGGUUCAUGGGACUUGCCAUGGAGCUUGGUGUUGGUACAAGCUCCUCAGCCUUCUUAAGCUGGCCGGGCACCGUGCCACGGCUUUGGAUCUCGGCGCUUCCGGGAUCAAUCCCAAGCAACUCAACGAGGUCUCCUCCGUUUCUGACUAUAUCCAACCUCUAAUGGACUUCAUGGCUUCCCUUCCUCAAGAAGAGCAAGUGAUUCUAGUUGGCCAUAGCUAUGCCGGUUUUUGUAUUUCUCUUGCCAUGGAAAGCUUCCCUCGAAAUAUUUUGGUCGCGGUUUUCUUGACUGCCUACAUGCCUCAUCACAAGUCUCCGCCAGUAACUCUCAUACGAGAAUUCUUCAAGAGGACCGCAGAGGAAUCCUUAUUAGAUACCCAGAUUACAUUCCAAGAUGAUCUGCCAAUAUCGGUCAUUUUUGGUCCAAAUUAUUUGAGAACAAAAAUGUACACGCAAUCUCCACCAGAGGAUUUGGAACUGGCGAAAAUGCUAAUGAGGCCAACUAGGAUGUACAUGGAUGAUUUUUCCAAAGAAGGUCUGCUCACAAAGUCGAAGUUUGGAUCGGUGAGUCGGGUUUUUGUAGUCUGCGAGGACGAUGAGGUGAUGAUGGAAGAAUUCCAAUGGUGGAUGAUUGAGAAUAAUCCGACCGAAGAAGUGAUGAUGAUUAGAGGAGCUGAUCACAUGGCCAUGCUCUCAAACCCCAAAGAACUUUGCCAAUGCUUACUCAAAGUUGUUGAGAAAUUAUCAUAGACGUCCUUUUGAUAAUAAUAUCAAGAACGAGAAGACUUAGACAACUUUAGUGGAAAAAUCACUUGGAAGAUUUUAGAUGUUUGGUGCUUUGUAUCUAUUAUUCACAAAUGUUGUCCUUUUUUUUAUUUUGCCUCUCUUUUGCCAAACACA